AUGAAAUUCAACUCUGCCGCCGCUCUUCUUUUUGCUACUACAGCAUUUGCUGGGAAUAGUACCACAACCAGCUUCUUUACUACUACUGAAGUUGUCACAGCAAUAACAACAUUCUGUCCAUCCGCAACUACAAUAAUCACUAACGGUGAAACUUUUACCGUCAGUUCCGCUACUACCCUAACCAUCACUAACUGUCCAUGUACCAUAACAGUAACUAGCCCAGUAGUAACUACGUCUCAGCCACCUUUUGUUAACACAACUACUUCUGCUCAAUCUGUCACAACUACUCCCGUCCAAUCUGUCACCACUACUCCUGUUCAAUCUGUUACUACUACUCCUGUUCAAUCUGUUAUUACUACUCCUGCUCAAUCAGUCACAACGACCCCUGUUCAAUCCGUUACCACUACUCCUACCACAGCAGCAACAACAGCAACAACAGCUACCACCAGCUCCAUUCAAGUACACACUGGUGCUGCUAACCAAUUGAUGGCUCCAUCUAUCGCUGGUGUUCUAGGUGCCGCUGCUCUAUUAUUCUAA